AUGCCCGGUGACUCCUCCUCAGCAUCCUCUUCUACUUCUUCCUCCCCCCAGACCAACUCAACCCUCUCGAGAAUACGCAACAUUGCAUCACACAUCAUGGCGCCCGUCGCAGCAACAAGUUUCCCCGCCGACACGGUACCCCAAGCUCCCGAGGACCCCCUCUUUGGCUUGAUGGCUGCCUACCGUGCCGAUGAGAGCAAGGACAAGGUCGACCUGGGCAUUGGAGCGUACCGCGAUGACAAUGCGAAGCCUUGGGUGCUACCCGUCGUCAAGAAGGCCGACGAGAUCCUUCGCAACGACCCCGAACUCAACCACGAAUAUGCUCCCAUCGCCGGUAUUCCUGCCUUCACCGGCAAGGCCAACGAGCUGAUGCUCGGCGCCGACUCGCCCGCCAUCCGCGAGAAGCGCACUACUUCGGUCCAGACCAUCUCCGGCACCGGCGCCGUCCACCUCGGCGCCCUCUUCCUCGCAAAGUUCUACAAGGGCAACCGCACCAUCUACAUCUCCAACCCCACCUGGGCCAACCACAACCAAAUCUUCGGCAACGUCGGCCUGCCCAUCGCCCAGUACCCCUACUUCUCCAAGCAGACAAAGGGCCUCGACUUUGACGGCCUCAAGGCCGCCCUCUCCGACGCCCCCGAACGCUCCGUCAUCCUCCUCCACGCCUGUGCCCACAACCCCACCGGCGUCGACCCGACCUGCGACCAGUGGAAGGAGAUCGCCGCCCUGAUGCGCCAGAAGAACCACUUCCCCUUCUUCGACUGCGCCUACCAGGGCUUCGCCUCUGGCAACCUCGCCCAGGACGCCUGGGCCGUCCGCUACUUCAUCGAACAGGGCUUUGAGCUGCUCAUCGCCCAGAGCUUCGCAAAGAACUUUGGCCUUUACGGCGAGCGCGCCGGCUGCUUCCACUUCGUCACCGCCCCCGCCGCCGACGCGCCCCAGACCACCUCCCGCAUCGCCUCCCAGCUCGCCAUCCUGCAGCGCUCCGAGAUCUCCAACCCGCCCCUUUACGGCGCCCGCGUCGCCGCCACCGUGCUCAACUCCCCUGAGCUGUUUGCCGAGUGGGAGGAAAACCUGCGCACCAUGUCCGGCCGCAUCAUUGAGAUGCGCAAGGUCCUGCGAGCCAAGCUUGAGGAGCUCGGCACCCCGGGCACCUGGAACCAUAUCACCGACCAGAUCGGCAUGUUCAGCUUCACCGGCCUGUCCGAGGCCCAGGUGCUGAAGCUGCGCUCCGACGCCCACGUCUACAUGACCAAGAACGGCCGCAUCAGCAUGGCUGGUCUCAACACGAGAAAUGUCGAAUACUUUGCCAAGGCUGUGGACAAGGUCGUCCGCGAGUCGCAGUGA